UUCCUACAACCGUGACAACCGACCCCAAAUGCUUGUGUGCGAAGUUUUGCUGCUGGAAGGCCAAAGGUCUGACUCUUUGUUGGAAGGCGCUCAUGUGGGCUACCUGUUUGCCAAUGCGUGUGCCGUUUUCUUUCGCAGUGUUUCGAGACUAACCUCGUAAGGUUGUAGACUAGAGUUAUCUUUUGCCAAGUCCCGAGUCCUGAUCCCCUCUUUGUAGCAGAGGCAGUGGUGGAUUUUGUUAGUUUCCUUUUCUGCACUGCUUGUCGGAGUACGGGAGCAAAAAGGAACAACAAUGGCGAGCAGUGGAGUGUUGAAAGUAAAGAUCUGUGAAUUGGACGUGUCUGCAUCGUCGCCCGCUCUUGGUGUGGUUGUCACGGUCGACGGGCAGUAUGUGUCCCAAACUGGCCAGGUUCCGGCCAACAGUGAGGGAAAGUUCAUCUUCCAAGAAGAAUUCGAGGAAAUCAUCGACGGCGCCAGUAAGAUCGCCUUCCGUGUGAUCACGAAAUGUGAGAGCUCUCAGUCGGGUGGUGUGGCUGAGGGCAAUGCAGAGAUCGCCUCGGUCGCGGGAAAGACCACCAAGGUCUCCCUGCAGCCGUCCGGAUCGCUGACCAUCACGGUGAAUCUGGGCCAAAUUGAAGGCAGCGUAUCGAGAAAUUUCAAGGAGCGUGGAGCUGAGCUGGAACGGCGGCGCGGAGCCGUCCGCCGUAAGGUCCACCAGGUCAACGGGCACAAAUUCGUGGCUCGGUUUUUCCGCCAGCCCACAUACUGCUCGCACUGCCAUGAGUUCAUCUGGGGUCUUGGAAAGCAGGGUUACCAGUGUGAUGUUUGCCUGCAAGCUGUGCACAAGAAGUGCCAUGACCAAGUACACACCGUCUGCAAGGAACUCAAGGAGGAGGAGAACGACCCCAGCAUGAUCAAGGAGCAUUCGUUCGUUGCGCACACGUACAAGAGCCCGACGUUCUGCGACCACUGCGGCUCGCUGCUGUACGGCCUGAUGAAGCAGGGCGUCAAAUGCAAGUUGUGCAAGAUCAACAUCCACCACCGCUGCAUCGAGAUCACGCCACAGAACUGCGGCAUCAAGCAGGCCGAUAUCCUGUCCAUGCGAUCGGACGACGCAGCAUCCGUCAUGACAGCGGCAACGACAGACUCCGGCGUUGUCGCCUCGCCAACCACCGGCCGCAAGAGCUGCAAAUACGGCAUCGACGCCUUUAAUCUGCUGAAGACUCUGGGCAAGGGCAGUUUCGGCAAGGUGAUGCUUGCUGAGAUGAAGGGCACCAAUGAAGUGUACGCCAUCAAGGUGCUGAAAAAGGACGUGGUGAUCAACGACGACGACGUCGAGUGCACCAUGAUCGAGAAACGGGUGCUGGCCAUGGCCGGUAACCAUCCGUUCUGCACGAAACUGCACAGCUGCUUCCAGAACGCCAGCAGCCUGUUCUUCGUCAUGGAGUACAUCAACGGUGGCGACCUCAUGUUCCACAUGCAGCGCUCGCACCGCUUUGACGAGCCGCGCGCCCGCUACUACUCGGCGGAGAUCGUGUGCGCGCUGCUGUACCUGCACACGGCGGGCAUCAUCUACCGCGACCUCAAGCUGGACAACGUCAUGCUGAGCUGCGAGGGACACAUCAAGAUCGCCGACUUUGGCAUGUGCAAGGAGAACAUCAUCGACGGUGCCACCACAUCCACGUUCUGCGGCACUCCCGACUACAUUGCGCCGGAGAUCAUUGAGGAGAUGGACUACAACGCGUCCGUGGACUGGUGGGCCCUGGGCGUCCUGAUGUACGAGAUGCUGGCCGGCCAGGCGCCGUUCGAGGGCGACGACGACGACGAGCUCUUCAACAACAUCCUGCACGAGCAGGUCCUCUACCCGUCCUGGAUCAGCAAGGGGGCCGUGAGCAUCCUGCGCGGCUUCCUGACGCGGCCGGUCCACAAGCGUCUCGGCUGCACGCCCGCAGGUGGUGCUGCCAUCAAGUCCCAUCCGUUCUUCAGCGCCAUCAGCUGGGAGCGGCUCGAGAAGGGCGAGAUUAAGCCGCCGUUCGUGCCACAGCUCAAGUCCAAGGCCGACACUGGCAACUUCGACACUGAUUUCACCAACGAGGCCGCCGCUAUCAGCCCCAUUGAUCAGAGCAUCAUCGCCUCGAUCAACCAGAAUGAGUUCAAUGGCUUCACCUUCACCAAUGCUGAUGUCAUACUGUCGCAGUAGAGCUGCACUCGUUUAUUGAGCCUGCCAGCACUACACACGGUAUCCGUGUUUGAUUCUGCGGCAGUGCUCUGCGGCCAAGUACUAGUAGUCAUUGUGUGAGCCUCACCUUGCCUAUCGGUGUGUGUGUGUGCGUAUUGGUCUACAUGACGGUGGUGUAUCUUUGCACCGGUGUGCCGCAGUGAGCUUCAGGUUGCUGAGCAAACAUACAGCUGUAUCGUAGCAACUUCCUCUCUGUCUGCCUUGCUCUCUGUCGCUGUUUCGUUGUGGUUGUUGUUGUUGUUAUUGUUGUUGUUGUUGUUGUUUGUCGGUGUCCUUUUCUCAGCUACUUGUUUUCAUACCUCCAAUCCUAUGCUUGCACAGCUUGUAGAUUUGCUGUAUUUCUCCUGCCGUUGAGAUAAUAGAGCCUGGUUUAUCGCACUCCAUUGCAGGUUGGUUUGUGUAUUCUAUUUUUUUUAAUUCGUUGACCGGUGCUUGCCUGUCAGAACCCUCUGCUGCUUAUAGUGGCUGCAGCUCCCCCCCCCCCCCCCCCCCCCCGGUUUGUAGCUCUUUGUAAACGCUGAUUUUGAAUGCCAGACGUUUGUUCUCCAGCGGCAACUGUCGUCCCGCUCGAGCGUUCCCAGUCUGCCCAGCGGUGAUGUUGAUCGUAUUGCCGCUUCCAUGUGCAAGCUACUUUGUCAGCAAAACCUUCUGCUCCACACAUCGCUGUGUGCCACAUGCGCACACACACUCUCUCUCUCUCUAUCUCUCUCUCUCUCUCUCUCUCUCUCUCUCUCUCUCUCUCUCUUCACACUCACACUCAUGAUAGAAAUUUAGUGCCAUAACAUUAUCUCUUUGCUUGAUCAAUUCCAACUCUCUCCUCCCUCUGUCUAUUAAGUAUUAUACUGCUAAUGAUGAUGUAGCAAGAUGACCAUUGAUUCUGUUAAUUUUGUAUUUUGAAAGCAUUCCAUAGAUUCUAGAAUCACCGACUGAGCAUUAUUUAUUUUGUGAAUUCGUCAUAGAGUAUGUAAUUGUAAUAAUUCAGUAUUUUCAAGACUUAUCACUUGCACUAGUUCUUGUCCUUUCUAUCCGGUAUAUCCCUGUCAGACGUUACCAGUGUAUUUUUUCAACCUGA